UAUGUUUGAUAUUAGAGAGUCAUCUAUGUUAUAUUUCUUAAAUGCUUCGCAGAUUUUAAUCAGACGAUCACAGGUAAUGACACAAACAGGACAUGAAAACAGAAAAGUGAGUAGUACUACUGGAGGCACUGAUAACGCUGAUGAAGAUAAUGAAGAGGGUGGAAACAUUGUAGUUGUAAGCACAAAGAAAGAAGCAGCGGACAAAAACGCGGAGGAGGCAGUAGCAGAUGAAAGUGCAAAGGAAGCGAUAGAAGACAAAAACACAGAGAAGGCAGUGGACGAAGGUACAGAGGAGGUAGCGGAUGAAGGUACAGAGGAGGUAGCGGAUGAAGGUACAGAGGAGGUAGCAGAUGAAGGUACAGAGGAGGUAGCGGAUGAAGGUACAGAGAAGACAACGAAUAUAGAUACAGAGGAGGUAGCAGCGGAAAAAGCCUUAACUAGAAAUAGCAGAUAA